AUUCAACCGCCGAUUCGCUGGUGAUUCUAGUUGGAAAUUUGAUGUGGAGACCAACUUAGAUUUCUUCUGUUCAUCUCUUUAUUAUCGGCAUGGCUCCAGGAUAAAAUUAAUUUUCUACGUACAUCGAACAGUUCAAUCGUUUUUCUACCACCACAACAAAACAACUUCCCCUUUUCAUUGACAAUAUAGAUUGCUUACUUAUUGUAAUAAUAUUGACACUCGGAAUGUUAUCCUAAAUACCGUUACUAUCGCUACCACUACUCUAUCCUAGGCUUUGAUAUAUAUAUAUAUCAACUCGCGGUCGGUCGUUUAUUGUGGCAACGCACGCUUGAUAUCUUCCCUUCCCCCUUAACCAUCGCGAACCUGCCUAGGUAUUCCCUCACCGCCACCUAAUAGCCUCCCCAAAGCGCGAAAAUGGGAGGCCUCAAAGAUGUCCUCUAUUUCAUGUGCCAUCCGAAUCAACUUCGGUCGAUUGUACAAUGGAAACUUUGGCAUGAACCUGUCCAUUCUCGCGAUCCCUCCAAGGAGGCCCCUACUCUGAAAUCAUGUUUUCACUUUUUGAACAUGACGAGUCGCAGUUUCGCCACUGUCAUUCAAGAAUUACAACCUGAAAUGCUUGUACCUAUUGCCCUUUUCUACCUUGUCUUGAGAGGGUUAGACACCAUCGAAGACGACAUGACGCUCUCAGCAAAGACAAAAGAACCCAUGUUACGCGAUUUUUCCAAAUAUCUAAAGAUUGAUGGCUGGACCUUCAACGGCAGUGGACCCAACGAGAAAGACCGCGAGCUGCUCGUCCAUUUCGAUGAUGUGAUCGCAGAACUGAAGAAGAUCGACAAGAAAUACUACGAUGUCAUCGAGGACAUCACCAUCAAGAUGGGAAACGGCAUGGCCGAUUACGCUUUGAACGCUGAAUUCCAAGAAGGCGUGAAGACAAUCCCUGAAUAUGAGGAGUACUGUCACUACGUCGCUGGCUUGGUUGGAGAAGGCCUGACGCGUAUCUUCGUCCAAGGCAACACAGCUAACCCUGCACUGCUCGACCGCAUGGAGCUUUCUGAAAGCAUGGGACAGUUCCUACAAAAGACCAACAUCAUCCGUGACGUGCACGAGGACUUCGAAGAUAAGCGGAGAUUCUGGCCUAAGGACAUCUGGAGCAAGCACGUCGACAAAUGGGAGGAUAUGUUCGACCCCAAGUAUCGCACUCAGGCUCUUAACUGCAGCUCCGAAAUGGUCCUGAACGCCCUGAAGCAUGCUGACGAAUGUUUGUUCUACAUGGCUGGAAUCAAGGAACAGAGUGUCUUCAACUUCGUUGCAAUUCCGCAAACCAUGGCCAUCGCAACCCUCGAGCUCGUCUUUCAGAACCCUAAAAUUUUCCAUAGUCAUAUCAAGAUCACCAAGGGCGACGCUUGUCACCUAAUGAUGCAGUCAACGCAAAACCUACGGGUGGUGUGUGAUGUAUUCAAGACAUACGCGAGGAGGAUAGCGAAGAAGAACGACCCGAGAGAUCCUCAUUACCUUGAGAUCAGUGUCGCUUGUGGCAAGAUUGAGCAAUUCAUCGAAACCCUCUUUCCAACACAAGACCCCAAGAAACUACAAGCUGUGCAAAAUGCGCAAGGGCAAGACAGCGAUCAGAGCGAUUACUGGGAAGCUAUAUUUCUGGUUGCCGCUGUGGUAUUUGUGCUUUUGUUCAUAUCUGGUCUGAUGCUCGGUAUAGCAUGGUACUUCGGGGCAAGAUUCGAUGCCAUGUGGGACAAAGAAGUUGCAUCUAGCCUCAAGGCUGCCAAAGCCACAGUAACACCUCUGGUUCAUGAGGUCCAUGAGGUUCAUGAGGAAUUAUAGUGUGCGCACAUUGAGUUUUUUAUAUUUGCAUGGCGUCAUCGAGGAUAUAUACUUAAUGCAGGUUGUGCCAACAGCAGGAUUGCUGAUGAAGAGUAGCUGGGUACGCCGUUAUGUUUGGAGGGAUAAGGCAUCGUAAAACGUUGUACGAUUUUUGACGUGUCCUGCUUAGAAUCAUUACUAAUACAAACUAAUGCCAUUCGAAUGCGUAGAUUGUUCUAUAGCAGUCUCACAUUCCUCGAGGGGUGAGUUGGAAAUUCGAGAACAAGCACGGAUGUCAAAUUACAGUUCAGUCUUUCAAUGACUGCAGCUGUGCCGAGAAGUGCUGAUAUCAAACCAAACAUGACGAGGAGUACCGAGUCCAAUGUGGCUCGUAGGCACAUAGCGGGCUUU